AUGAACGUAAGCUCUCUGUCUUUGGAAAAUAGUGCUGAUCUAUUGAGUAAUUCUAUAAGCGCCUCCCCCGACUCAUCUCGAUCUCAUGACUCUGAUCCUUCAUCCCCAACAGGAUCGACUUUAUCCUAUGAUGAAUAUCUGAAGGUUGCAACUGAUACGAGUGCAAGUAUUCUUAUGGAGCUAAAUAUGGACGGCCGCAUCCGAUACAUCAGCCCAAUAUGGGAAGAUAUAGUUGGAACCAAAGUUGAUGAUGUUGUGGGUCAAGCAGUAUCGGACAUUCUGGUUGGCACAGAACAAGACCGGUCGGUUUUCCAAAGAGCAACUGAUCUGAUGAUACGAGAAGACUGCAGCUAUAGGGUGAGGUUUUUGGUGGAAGCAGAGCAUUCCGAAAAUGAUUCAAAAAUUGAUUCAGACGUUACCACUGUGUCCACCACGUUAGAACCGAAUACAAUCGAGCUUGAAGCGCAGGGCGUCGUCAUUUCAGAUGCUACAAAUAACAUUCCAACGCAUUCAAUGUGGAUUGUGAAACCGUUUUGCGAAAUGGGUGCCAUGGACAAUCUUCCCCAGGAUCUUGUCAAAAGACUAGGAUUUGGAGCCAACAUCUUCUCCCAGUUCCUUGCCAAAGUGGAGGAAUCUAUGGUCGUAGAUGAGGAAGACCUACCUACUCCAAUGAAUGAGCUUUGUCGUGUGUGUGAGUCCCUCAUUCCCGCUUGGUGGUUAGAAACUCAUUCAGAAUCCUGUAUCGUAGAGCACAAGAUUGAAAGUGUCGUGCAGCUUUACCAUGACAAGCUCGCAGAGCGCAAAAGCUAUCUCGAGGAGAUGUGCGUGUCUUUAGAAGCCAACGAUGGACGGAUAACUCAGUAUAAAGGCCUACCGCUUCCAAAACCCGAUGAUCAAUUGAAAAGAGAUGAAAAAUCGACAUCGCCAAUCGCGCAUGACUUGAAAGUGAUGAGCGUUUCUAACAAGCCAGCCGAUCGUAGUAAAAUUGUGACAUCCACUUUUCAAAAGUUAGGUUUUCCUUUCAAAGCCUUGGUGUCAUUGAUAACUCUCUGUGAAGACGCUCUUAACACAAACACAAGUGAGCUCAAGGAACUGCGUGAUGAGCAUGAUCCCCAAAAUGGUAUAGAUCAAUGCUAUGAGUUCUCUCCAAGAACAGAGAAAAAUAUUCGAAAUGUCAUGGAAUGGCGGUUCCAAGAUGAUGUAUCCUGCCCCACAAUCGAUUUACUACAAAAGGACACAACCGACCUCGUAUUGCAUAAAAUCGAAAAUCUCUUUAGGCUUGAUAAUGCCUUGAAAUACUCUCUCAAGAUAAAGAAAGAAAUUGACAACUACGUUUUACAACUUAUCAAAGAAAAACUCGAUCGCAAUAGGCUCAAUGUUGUACCGAGCCCUGUUAUUCCUCAGCUGCGACCCGGGAGUCCUUCAAUGAAGCGUGCUGAUGCAGAUAAGAAAGGAGGGUCGUCUGAUGAACAAAUAGCGUCUCCGCAGCCGCAACGGGCUCAAAGUGAAUUCUUUUCAGAGGCCUACGUUAACACAGAUGAAAUACCUCGGCAGCAUAAUUUACACAAUAGCGAUGGAAAUACAGAAAAUGAGAGAAGAGACAGCCCACGGUCUAUCACUCCUAAACAGCCCGUUCCUGAUAAUAGAGAGGGUAGAUCUGGUUCAGGAAACGAGCACCCUAAAAUAUUUGAAUCCGUCAGUGGGACUCCAAAGCUAAUCCUGCCCGAUUCAAGUGGCAAUCAGAAAUUUAACGGUUUCCACGAGUAUACACCCCGGAGGGAUUCGGCCGCGUCCACGGCAGGCCAUAGCACUCCACUGUCUUCACUUCAAAAGAACUCUAUUUUCAGGCCAAUGAACUCAGCAAGUCUCGACAGAUCCCCAAUAACCUCGCCCUAUGCAGUCUCCUCUGAUCGACUGACACCCGAGCUUCAUUCCGCUUUUUUACCAAAACAGCCUUUAUCACCACUCCUUUUGGCCACAAAUCAAGCAAAACCGAGCACGCCGAGUAUAAGAGAUUACGACAUCAUUAAACCCAUCAGCAAAGGAGCGUAUGGCAGUGUAUUCUUGGCCAAGAGGCGGAUAACUGGCGACUAUUUCGCGAUUAAGGUCUUGAAGAAGUCUGACAUGAUUGCAAAAAAUCAGGUUACAAAUGUCAAGUCAGAGAGAGCCAUCAUGAUGAUACAAAGCAACAAGCCAUACGUAGCUCAGCUCUUUGCUACAUUUCAAAAUCGAGGUAAUUUGUUUUUGGUGAUGGAGUAUUUGAGCGGGGGCGAUCUAGCGACGCUUAUAAAAAUGAUGGGGUGUCUUCCUGAUCAGUGGGCAAAGCAAUACAUCAGUGAAGUUAUCUUUGGAGUUGCAGAUAUGCAUCAAAGUGGUAUCAUUCAUCAUGAUCUUAAACCCGACAAUUUAUUGAUAGAUCGUCGCGGUCAUCUCAAAUUAACAGAUUUCGGUUUAUCUAGACUAGGAUUGGUCACAAGGCAUCGAGGAGGUGAUCAUAAGGAUGGAGCGAAGAAUAGUCGAGAGGGGAGCACUGCGUCAGAAGAGGGAAGCAAUGACUUUUCCACAAAAUGGCCUUUCAAAAACGACUCGGCAUCCUCAAAUAAUACCCUUGAUGCCAUCAUUUUCAAAACAGAACGCUCAGGUUCGAAUUCGAGCUCACAAUCAAUUCAGGAAGUGCCGGCACUUCGCAGAUCUGGGUCACAAUUAUCGUUUUCGAUGGCGGAUUCUCCCGGAGGUGGGUCCCCUCCUCCAAUGAAUUUACACAAGCGUGCAAGUUCCAAUAUCUCAGAAAGCUGGGACAAUGGCAGUCCCACUCCGGAUUAUACCUUGUUCAAUCCCGAUGAUUCAAGAAAUGACAAACGCUUCUUUGGCACUCCAGACUAUUUGGCCCCCGAAACAAUAGAGGGCACGGGUGAAACAGAUGCUUGUGACUGGUGGUCGGUGGGAUGCAUGCUCUUCGAAUUUUAUUUUGGGUAUCCUCCAUUUCAUGCGCCGACAGUUGAGGAGGUGUUCAGUAACAUACUCGCCGGAAGAAUAUACUGGCCAGAAUUUCCCGACGAGGAAACGGAGCUCGAAUUCAUUUCUCUGGAAGCAAAAGAUCUCAUCAAAAAGCUUCUUGUGGUUAAUCCUAAUGAAAGGUUAGGAGCAAAUGACGUUCAGGAUAUUUUCCAGCACCCUUAUUUCAAGGAUGUCGAUUGGGAGUCCUUGUAUGAAGAAACAGGGUCGUUUGUGCCUGAUGUAGCUCAUCCUGAGAGUACAGACUACUUCGAUUUGCGCGGAGCUCAAUUAGAGGAUUUCAGCGAUUCCGACACAGAACCACCAAAAAUUUCAGAGUUAAUGACAGGGGAGGUUGAACGAGCGCCGAAAAGGACUAGCAGCGAGCGUAGCAGUCAUUCGGGAACUCCUGUACAUAAACUAACCGUCGGGUCUGUUCUAGAAUCUUCCUCCUGGGACAACCACAGUAACCACAGCUCACCAACGGCAAAACAGCUACCGCUAGCUAUCCCUCCUCAUCUUAGAGAUCGGCGAGUGAGCAAGCUCAACGAACUUCAAACAGAAUUUGGAUCCUUCAAUUUCAGAAAUUUACCUGCGCUUGAUAAAGCCAAUAAAGAUGUCAUCAACAGGCUCAAAAAUGAACAUCUUGUAGAACAGGGUAUUCAUCAUUAUCACCACCAUCGGACUUCUAGCGGGUCCAGCUCUUCGUCCGAUUUCUCUAAUAAGCUCAAACACGCUAAAGCUGGUGGCAUGGGUAAUUCUCUCAGCAACUCGGUUUUAUCACCUAGGUCAUCAGCAUCGCCAAAUGCAUCUAAGAACCAAUCCCCAAGUCGGAGGGGCAGUGUAGAGAUAGCGAUGACGAGCCGCCGUCGUAGUGCUGGCGGCGCCACUGAAAGCUCGCUUAAUUUUCUGAAUCCUGCGAGUGAUAACAACGACUCGCCCUCGCCAGUUUCCCGCUUUAAAUCCCCGCUAUCACCCCAACAUACGUCAUCAAGAAAUAGAGGUCACUCGCACUCUUCUUCGAAACGCCCUAGCUUAGAGGAAACUGUCAGCGAUGGAAGCGGAAAUGUCAAAACACUGUCACGAGCUCCAAGCUCACAUAGUCGCCGGCACAGUGACGACAAGAUUCCGCCUGACGUGAGCACUCUUUCAUACAACCUCGACGUCCUUGUUUGCGAGCCUAUCCCGAUACAUCGUUUCAAGCUAACUAGGGAUCUCGAAAGUCUUGGCUGCUCUGUAAUAAGCGUCUCGAUGGGGGAUGAAAUGGUUCGCAGAGCCACAAGUGAAGUCAAAUUCGACCUUGUGUUCACCGCUCUCAAACUUCCCAAGCUGGGGGCGAUAGAUAUUGUCAAGCUUUUGCGCAAUACCACUAGUUUUAACAGAACCACCCCAAUCAUUGCUGUGACAGCAUUUUACCAGGAAGCUCAGCAAGCUUGCGUUUUUGACGGAGUGCUCGAACGCCCCGUCAGCAUUCAGCAUUUGCGUUCUCUCCUGCUUGAAUACACCCUCAAGAAAAACCAAGAAGCCGAUGAUACUAUCAUCAGUGAUGCCGAUUCUUAA